UGAAGGAAGGAACUGAGAAUCUGGAAACAUGGUGGAGUUCACAGCAGGUCUUGCUUUUUUGUGACAGUCAGGAGGAAGAGUUGCUACCCUUUGUUGUUACUGACCUGGUAAUCCCUUGAGCCCUUGCCCAGACCUAAAAUAUCCAGCUGAGCUUGCUCUGCAACUUCCCCAGAGUGUGCUUCUUCCUUGUGGUAAAGGACAACCUCCUUGGCUUCCCCAGUUUCAAGGCGGAGUUGCUCAGGAAUGUAACAGGUGCUUCAGCUGAUUGGAAACCGGCCCAUGCUGUAGCAUUCAAUGCCUGGUAUGCUCUGUUUGCAUGGAGAUUAGGUACAGAGAAGGUGAGGAGAACUUCACAUCCUGGGAAGAGAUUUCCGCUAUUGCUCUUGAGGAGAGGUGAAGGUGGGGCCUUGCUUAACAAAACCUGAAGGAAUUGAUAUCCUCACCCUGAGCUGCUGGGAAGAAUCAUGGCAUGGCUCACGCAUGUUCUGGCCUGUAUCUUUGGGACGGGGUCUUGGAUGGCCAUCAACGGCGUGUGGGUUGAGCUCCCACUGCUGGUGAAUCACCUCCCCGAGGGCUGGUAUCUUCCUUCUUUCCUCAUCAUCAUUAUCCAGCUGGCUAAUGUGGGGCCGCUUUUCAUCACUCUCAUGCACAAGCUGAAGCCCAGCUUGCUGAGCGAGGUGCCCGUCAUCUACGUGGUGGUUUCCACGGGGGCCGUGGCUUGCUUCCUCUUGGCGUUCCUCUGGCAUUACACCACUCCGGUGGGUGGGCAGAUGCACAGCACAGCCUUCUUCAUCCUGACGUUCUUCCUCUCACUGGUAGACUGCACUUCUUCCGUCACCUUCUUACCUUUCAUGGCACGCCUCCACCCCCGCUAUGUGCCCACCUUUUUCAUUGGCGAAGGGCUCAGUGGAUUAAUCCCGGCUCUCUUUGCCUUGGCCCAAGGGUCAGGGAUUGCAAGGUGUGUCCACAUGGCAAUGCCCAAUAAUGCAACAACCGGGAAUGUCAGCUUGGCCAACGGGACUUCUGGAGAUGUCCACCACAACAUGGAAACUCAGUAUUCUCCAGCCAACUUCUCCAGCCUGGUCUUCUUCAUUAUCCUCUCCGCCAUGAUGUUUUCUUGCCUUGUGGCCUUCUUCUUCCUCAACCGGCUGCCCAAAGUCUGGGAGCUCUCCAAGAAGGACCUCUGUGCCAGUGAGAUCACUCUCAACUCUAUCCAGAAGAUCCCUGUGGAUGGACAAGGACCAACAGACAAAGGGAUCUUCUUAAGUUCCAUCAAGGAUGCCAAAGUGGCCAAUGGCACCAAAGGAUAUGAUGAUCCAGAUCCAGGAAAGGUUGUCUACUCUCAAGCCAGGUUCAUCUUCAUCUACGUAGUUUUGGCAUGGGUGAACGUCUUGACGAACGGGGUCCUUCCCUCCGUGCAAAGUUACUCAUGCUUGCCUUAUAGCAACAUGGCCUACCACUUGGCUGCCACACUGAGCUCCAUCGCCAACCCUUUGGCAUGUGCCAUUGCCACAUUUCUGCCCAGCAGGUCUCUCACUGUCUUGGGCAUUUUGUCGGCCACCGGAACGGCCUUCGGCGCCUAUAACAUGAGCAUGGCUGCCUUGAGCCCGUGCCCCAUCUUGCAGCACUCGGACUGGGGAGACGCCCUCAUUGUGAUUUCCUGGGUGCUCUUCACGGGGACCUUGAGUUACGUGAAGGUGAUGCUGGGGGUGAUCCUUCGGAGCCAUAGCCACAGCGCCCUCGUGUGGUACGGAGCGGUGGAGCAGCUCGGGUCCUUGCUGGGGGCCUUGGUCAUGUUCCCUUUGGUGAACGUCUACGGACUCUUCAAAUCGGCAGACUUCUGCAGCUUCCGUUGUCCAGCAUGACCUCUGAAGUAGAGGAGAAUGCGGACAACCUCGGAGGCCUUCCACGGUGAACUUGGUGGCAAUGCUUGCUUCUGGAAAUGCAUCAAACAGCCAAGAUGGAUCCUCAACUCCAAGGGACAAAAGGCCAUAGAAUCCAAGAGAUGGAAGAGACCUUAAGGGCCGUUCAAUCCAACUUUUUGCAGGAAUAGAAACCUCAAAGGUUUUGUUGUCCUUUCCUGAAGCCGCUCUGAUGUUGGUGAAUCAGUUAAUAACAUCUGCCUUGGGAAAAGUAUGCUUAUCCACUCUUGAAUUUCAGUUCAAUUCACUUUGCACUUUGCCUGAAAACGAUAUCCCUCUACCGCAUCCCUGGCCAAAAAAAGAGCCUUUAUGCAGGCCUACAUUAAGAGCCCCAUCUGUAUAUAGCCUUGUAAAUAAAUCUCUUGUGACCGACAA